AUGGUUCUCGAUAUCCAGUCAGUGCCCACUCAACCCUUUGACGGCCAAAAACCAGGCACCUCUGGUCUUCGCAAGAAGGUCAAAGUCUUUCAACAACCCAACUAUACUGAAAACUUCAUUCAAGCCAUUCUGAAUGCCAUUCCUGCUGAAGGAGCUGUUCUUGUCGUGGGUGGCGAUGGUCGUUUUUAUUCUGAUGAGGUCCUCCAGAUCAUUGUCAAACUCAGUGUUGCUGCAGGUGUAUCCAAGCUUGUGGUGGGUCGCAAUGGUAUCUUGUCAACCCCAGCCGUUUCCAAUCUUAUCCGCCAACUCAAUGCAACCGGUGGUAUCUUGUUGACCGCUUCUCAUAACCCUGGUGGUCCCGAAAACGACUUUGGUAUCAAGUACAACAUUGCCAGUGGUGGACCUGCUCCUGAGAAUGUCACCAACAAGAUCUAUGAGCUCACAAAGACGAUCACUGAAAUCAAGAUGGCCACGAAUGUUCCCAAGGUGGAUUUCUCUGCACUUGGUUCUCAGACUGUGGGUGGUAUGCAAGUCGAUAUCAUUGAUAGCGUGGAUGCCUAUGUCGAUUUGAUGAAGACUAUCUUUGACUUUGGUGCCAUCAAGGAGUUCUUUGCCACUAACAAGGAUUUCACCAUGUUGUUUGAUGGCAUGAAUGGAGUCACCGGUCCUUAUGGUCAACGUAUCUUUGUGGAGGAAUUGGGUCUCCCACAAUCCAGUGUGAUGCGAUGCACCCCCUUACCCGACUUUGGUGGAGAACACCCUGAUCCCAACUUGACCUAUGCACAUGAUUUGGUGGAUCGCGUCAACAAGGAAGGUAUCGAUUUUGGUGCUGCUUCCGAUGGUGAUGGUGAUCGCAACAUGAUUAUCGGCAAGAAUGCUUUCGUCACCCCAAGUGAUAGUGUUGCUAUCAUUGCCCACUAUGCCAAGGAUGCCAUCCCUUACUUCCGCAACAAUGGCGUGCACGGCUUGGCAAGAAGUAUGCCUACAUCACAAGCCUUGGAUUUGGUGGCCAAGAAACAAAACCUCGAAUACUUUGAAGUUCCCACGGGAUGGAAGUUCUUUGGUAACCUUAUGGAUGCUGGUCGUUGCUCUAUUUGUGGCGAAGAAUCUUUUGGAACAGGAUCUGAUCACGUGCGUGAAAAGGAUGGUUUAUGGGCAGUGCUUGCAUGGUUGAGUAUUUUGGCCCAUGUUAACAAGACCAAACCUGGAUCGGGUGUACAAGAUGUUCUUCAAGCACAUUAUCAAAUUUAUGGCCGUAACUUCUUCUCAAGAUAUGAUUAUGAAGAAGUGGAUGGUAAGGGUGCUGAGGAAAUGGUAUCCCAUCUCCGUGGUAUGAUUGAGAAGAAUGAAUUGCCUGGCAAGACUUUGGGUGCUUUUACUGUUGCACAAGCAGAUGACUUUUCCUACAAUGAUCCUAUCGAUGGCAGCGUAUCUCAAAAGCAGGGUAUCCGUAUUGUCUUUGCUGAUGGUUCCCGUGUGGUCAUUCGUCUCUCUGGCACUGGUUCAUCAGGUGCUACGGUGCGUCUUUAUGUUGAAAAGUACUCCAAUGAUGCAUCCGAAUACGCUGCUGAUACCCAACAAGCAUUGAAAUCUCUCAUUGACGUUGCUCUCGAUUUGUCACAACUUGUCAAGUUUACCGGACGUACCGAGCCUACUGUGAUCACAUAA